GGCGCCGCUGGCAGAACACCUUCGUUGUCGUCCGCUUGAUCUUCGUCAUGAAGCCGGUCGCCAUAUUCGCGCUGUUUGUCUUUGCUCGGUGCAGUGCAGCCACGCAGCAGGAGCUGUCUGUGUCGGAGCUUCUGUGGCGGGCCAACAAAGAUGUGGUUCACACGGCGGAGGAGCCUCUGGUGAUGGACGACAUUGCUGUGGACAAAGACGGCGAGCGGAACGCCGACCAGUGCACGUCGCGAGGGUGCAUGUGGCCCAAGUCCACGGACGGCAAAGUCUACGUGCCCUACACCAUCUCCACCAGUUACUCUUCUCGUGAGCGCUCAAUCAUCGAGCGCGGCCUGAACUCCUUCCAGUCUGUCUCCUGCAUUCGCUUCGUGCCUCGCAACCGCCAGAGAGACUAUGUCAGCAUCCAGUCCAACAAUGGGUGUUACUCGUACGUGGGUCGCCGCGGCAACGGACAGCCCUUGUCUCUGGACCGCAAGGGCUGCUUGUACCACAGCACCGUGCAGCACGAGCUCCUCCACGCGCUCGGCUUCAACCAUGAGCAGUGUCGCUCCGACCGAGACCGACACAUCCGGAUCCUCUGGGAGAACAUCCAGUCUGGUUGGGAGUACGCCUUCGACAAGAUGAACACGCUCAACAUGAACACGGCGUAUGACUACAAUUCUGUCAUGCAGUACCACAGGUACGCAUUCUCCGGCAACAACAAGCCCACCAUGGUGCCCAUCCCCAACGCCAACGUCAGCUUCGGCAACGCCAGCCAGAUGAGCAGGAACGACAUCACCCGACUCAACUCGCUCUACAAGUGUUAGCUUUUGCGAUGACCUAACACCACAAAAAAAAAGCCAAAGACGUGAAGUUGAUUCUGAUGCUGUUGACUGAGCUGAAUUCUGGUGACGUCACGUCGACUUGUCAUAUUUUUAUCUUCCAGCAGGUGGCGAAAGCAACCCCGCUGAGAUUUGUCUCAUUUCCGAUUUCCAUUAAAAGCUGCACAUUCAUUGUA